AUGGUCACGGCACUUGUAUCGGGAGGCAACCGUGGCCUGGGCUACGGCAUAGUUCGCAGGCUCGCCAACGAGUUUCCUACCUCGCCCUUGUCGACCUCGUCAUCGGACAAGCUGACCAUCUAUCUCGGCUCACGAGACAUUGCCAAAGGCGAAGCUGCUAAGAAUUCCAUCACAUCCGAGCUUGCUCAGGACACGCUUGACCGGGUCUCAAUCGAAGUGCGUCAACUCGACACCACCUCUCAUGAAUCUAUCGUCAAGCUCGGUUCGGAGCUCAAAGAGGGCGUCGACAUUCUUAUCAACAAUGCAGGGAUCGCUAUGGACGGUUUUGAUGCCAACGUAGCUACACAGACCGUGGCUACCAACUACUAUGCUGUGCAAGACAUGAUCCAAAAUAUCAACGUCAAGGACGGCGGCAGGAUUGUCAACAUUGCUUCCUUGACGGGCGUCUUGAAGGGUUUUGGCGACAACGUACGUGAUCGAUUCCGCAAUUCUGAAACGAUCGCUGAUACCGACGCACUCAUGAAAGAGUUUCAACAAGUUGUAGCCGAUGGCAGCUGGAAGGAAAACGGCUGGAAGGGGGUGGCCUACGCUACGAGCAAGAGCGGCGUCAUUGCUUAUACGAGAGCGCUGGCCAAGCAGUAUCAACAGGAGGGCAAAAACGUGCAUGUAGUCUCUUGCUGCCCUGGUUACGUCAACACGGACAUGACCAAGGGUAAAGGUUACAAAACCCUCGACCAGGGUGCCGAGACGCCGGUGCUGCUAGCUUUGAACAAGCUCGAUGCCAAGCCGGGCGAGUUCUGGUCUGACAAGAAGGUUUAUGAUUGGGAGAACAGGUCCGAUUCCUGA